UCCGUAACCUGUGUAGACUAACCUUUGUGGACUUGUCCCCCGCCCCGAAAGAGCAGACUUUCCGCCAUCGGCAUCACACGGAGGCGCUGCAUCUUCCACUCCCGCACCGGGCGACGCUGUCUGCUGCCUGCAGCCCAGCUGUGGCCGAAAGGACUUCUAGGUCUUUACAGAACAGAAUAUUUUCUGUGUCCUUCCCUGCUCAGCUCAUGCCUACCACAGGAAUAGGACUUCCUAAUAAUUUGCUGAAAGAAUUAAAGAAUAAGCCAGACCUGAAAUAAACUUCCAGUACCUACAGUAAAUGAAAUAGAAGAGGACUCCAUAUAACCCUGUAUUAAGAGGAAUGGAGAUUGCCUCUGUCCACUUAGAUUCAUAAGCUGUCCCGAAGUGAUCUUGGCAUCAGGGAAGGGAGUGUUCAGGCACAUUUCACCAUCAGCAUCACGGGAUGGCAGCCAUUGAUUUGUCCCAUGGCCUUCUUUCUAGAGAGCCUAUCUGCAUCUAUGAAGAAAACACAGAAGUAGAAGGGACAGUGACUGACAACCAGGCAAAUUGUUACCAGUUUGCUUAGGAAUAUGCUACAAUGAGACAGUAGGACGAGAAGAGCUUCUAGCCUGGCUGUGCUGGUAGAAAUCGUGCUUAUGAAGUGCUGCUAAAGUCAUGUGACAGUAGAAGGUCAACAGAGAGUGAGUUUAGAGAGAAGAGUUCCUGGGGCCAUUGAAUCCUGCAGCUGGAUUGAGGCUGAUCUGAGAACCAUGUAUAGGAUUCAGUGACCUUCGAUGAUGUGACUGUGGAGUUCACCCCAGAUGAGUGGACUUUACUGGACCUGACUCAGAGAAACCUGUACAGAGAGGUGAUGCUGGAGAACUAUGAAAAUCUGACCUCAGUAGGAUGUCAGUUCUUCAUUCCUAGUGUGACCCCCUGGUUAAAACAGGAAGAGUUGGAGACGGUGGAAAGCACAGUUCCUCAAGAAUUGGAAUUACAACCUAGAAUUGAUGAUUCAGAACUUCAGAAUUAUUUUAAGAUGCAAAGUUCUGAUGAACUAGAAAUGGUGGGUGAUUCAUCCCUUCCUCAACAGUCAGGAAACCACAGUGAAGAGGACAUUUGUGACUCUAAGCCAGGUGGAGAAGUGUUGGGUGAACAAUUAUGCCUUAACACAGAGGUGAGCAUGUCAAGCCAAGGAUACAGUUCUGAGUGUAACUGGUAUGGGAAAGACAUUCUUUCUUUGCUCAAGGAAACCUCUACCGGACAGAAUGUUUCUGAACUUAAUCAGUGUGGAAAAAUCUUCAGUCUGACUCCAAACAUCAUGUACCCAAGCACUAGCACAAAUGAGAAACCUUUUGAAUUCACAGACUGUGAGACAGUAUUUUUUAAUCAGUCAUACUUUCAGACAGAUAUGAGGCCUCACAAUGGAGGAGAACCCUAUGACUGGAAUAAAUAUGGGAAUGGUUUUAUUCAUCCCACAAGUUUUGCUAUGCAUCUUCCGAUUCUCAAUGCAAGAAACCCCUACAAAUUUGAGGAAUGUGGAAAGGACUUUCAGUAUUUUGCAUGCCUUAAUAAUCCCAUGGGAAUGUGCACUGGAGAAAAAUUCUGUGACUGCAAAGAAUGUUGGAAAGCCUUCACGGUUUCCUCACACCUAACUCAGUAUGUAUCAAUUCAUACUGAAGAAAAAUCCAAAGUGUGUAAGAUAUGUGGGAAGUCCUUUGCUAAUUUUUCUCGACUUUCUGCACAUGUAAAAACUCAUACUGAAGAAAAGCCCUUUGUAUGCAAGGAGUGUGGAAAGGCCUUUAAAAAUGUGUCAUACCUUAAUGAUCACGUUAGAAUUCACACUGGAAUAAAAUCAUACAAAUGUAUGGAAUGUGGGAAAGCCUUCCUUCGAUGGUCAGGCCUUACUGAACACAUAAGAGUUCACACUGGGGAAAAGCCUUACGAAUGUAAGGAAUGUGGAAAAACCUUUUCUAGAUCUACUCAGCUUACUGAACAUAUAAGAACACACACUGGAAUCAAACCUUAUGAAUGUAAGGAGUGUGGGAAAGCCUUCACUCAGUACUCAGGCCUUGCCACACAUGUACGAAUUCAUAGUGGAGAGAAGCCCUUUGAAUGUAAGGAAUGUGGGAAGGCCUUUACCAGGACCUCUGGUCUGAUUCAUCACGUGAGAACUCACACAGGAGAGAAGCCUUUCGAAUGUGUUCAUUGUGGGAAAACCUUCAUAACUUCCUCCCAUCGCACAAAACAUCUGAAAAUUCACAGUGGCGAAAAGCCCUUUGUAUGUAAUGUAUGUGGGAAGGCAUUUAUAUAUUCCACAUCGCUUAACAUUCAUAUGCGAACCCACACUGGAGAGAAGCCCUAUAUAUGUAAGCAGUGUGGGAAAGCAUUUGCUGUUUACUCACGUCUGAGGAAACAUAGCAGAGUUCACACUGAAGAAAAGCCCUAUCAAUGUGAGGGUAUGAGUGUUGCUAUUUAGCCCAUCUGUUGCCAUCUUUAAAUAUUGACAGUGACACCAAAGAUCAGAUUAGUCUUAACAGCUUUGUGUGGGUUACAAUGUCUCACACUGGCCUUAGACACCAUCCUAAUUUUAUGAAAUAGGAUAAUUUAGGUGCCCCCUCAAACUUUUCGUCUUUUGGGCAGUGCUGAGGAUUGACCUAGAACAUCACACAUGCUAGGCAAGCACUCAAUCACUGAGCUACAUCCCCGAAACCUUUUUAUGGAUGCUUGAGUCUGAGCAUUUGUGGGUCAUAAAUGAGGCCAGUAUACAAGAUGGCCUCAUUCUGAUGGUUUACUCUUAGUGAUUAUAACAUUUCCAAAUGUUAUGAAAUAAUGAAACAGAUUGGAUCCUUUUGUUGGUUAGUGGCUGCCAGUGUGUCUUGUUAAUGUGAAAAUUCACCACAAGCCAAAAUAAUAAAGGACACGGUAUAUUGUGGAAAGACACAAUCCAGGAAACUACUCUGACCCCAUUGAUUCCAAUAAGCAUACCAAGAAAUAGUCCUUAUUAGUCUAUUUACAGAUGUUAUCCCGUGAUCCUAUAAAUAAAUUCAAACUGAAAAAGUCCACCUUUUGGAUCUAUUUUGGAUUGAAGUGGCAAUAACUUUGUUCAUAUAAUCCAAUGUCUGUUCCUCAGUUUGAGAUUGAUGAUCUGAGGAUUGAACUGAGGGCCUUGUGGGUGCUAGGUAAGUCCUCUGCCACUAAGCUAUAUCCCUAGCUGACUCUUAGUCUCAUUAGUACAAAUUGCUCAGUUAUUGUUUAAUGUGGAUCGGCUGAGAGUUUUUCAAGGUACUGUUCUGUUUUGUUUAACAAUUCCUUCUUAGCUUCAGUGUCUCCCCUUUCAUAUUUUACUAAAAGCACUCAGGAGGAACCAAGUUGCUCCUUUUGAACACUUUAGUUACAGCUCUCACAUAAAUUUUCUGUUUUUUGGUUUUUUGAGACAGGGGUUCUCUAUGUAGCUUUGGAGCCUAUCCUGGCACUCGCUCUGGAGACCAGGCUGGCCUCAAACUGACAGAGAUCCGCCUGCCUCUGAGUGCUGGGAUUAAAGGCAUGCUCCACCAACGCCCAGCUACAAAUUUCCUGUUUUAUCAGUCUUAAGUUGUAACUUCCACACAAAAUGCAAGAAUAUAGUUCUGCAAGGUUCAUGACCAUUAUGUUGUCACUGAUUAAUUUUUUUUUUUAUUCAUGUUCCUUUUCUGAGGGUGUCCUCAUCAGAAUAGCCUUUACCUAUCCAUCACUCGGUUUCAAGGCUACUUGCUUUUUUUUUUUUUGUUUUUUGUUUUUGUUUUUGUUUUUAAACUGCAGUACCCCAGUACCACAAAACACCAUAGUACGCACUGGCAAAAUGGCUUAGAAGGUAAAGGUGCUUUACCUGGUUUAAAUCAAAUUAGGAACUGAGUUUAGUCCCAGGGAUGCACAAAGUAAAAGGACAGAAUGGACGACUACAAGUUGUCCUCUACUUCUACAUGAAUACCACAGCUUGUACACACAUUUAUAUACACAAUAAAUAUAACACAAAACCAACAUAAACCAAGUUGCUUUAAAAGAAAUGAAAUUUUAGGUUAGCAUAGUAUUGGGUUCCAUUAUGACAUUUUGGAUGAAGUUUUAGGGUUGUGGGUUUAGCUCAGUGGUAAUAAUCCUUGCCUAGCAUAUGCAAAGUUAGUUUUUAUCUCCAGCCCUGGACAGAUAAUAUACAGCAAUUUAUUUUCUCAUACAAGGAAAACAUUGUGGGAGCUAGUUAAAUGCUUCCUAAGGGAAAGCUCUUGCCAUGCAAACAUGAGGACCAGAAUUUGGAUCCCUAGAACCCGUCUAAGUGCCAGGUCGGCAUGGAGGCCCACCUGUAAUCCCAGUGCUUACAAAACAAGAUGGGAAUCCUCAGGUGAUUUGGGUAGCUAGGUUACUUUAAUUUAUGAGCUCCAAGUUCAGCAAGAGAUGCUGGCUGCUUCAAUAAAUAAAACGGAAAGUGACUGGGGACACCUGAGAUUAUCUUUUGGCUUCCAAAUGCCACAUGCAAAUGUGUGAACACACCAGCAUGCACAUAUACACACAUUAAAAAAAUCAGCAUGUUUGACGUUUUCAAAUGACAAAGCCUGAAAAUGAGGUUUUCUUCCUUUUCUGAUAAAGUCACAGCCUUGUUGGGUGAGAUUCCCACUUAAGUCCUUGACUAUCAAGUGAAAUUCUAAAGGCUACCUGGACAAUCAUGCUGUGGUUUAGAUUUAACCUGAAUUUGAGAGGAUCAUCAGUACAGUAUAUUUACAUACAGAUUCUUUUGUUUUCUCAGACAGGUAGUCAUAACUGUAGAUAAUGAUGGUAUUUUUUUUUUCUACUUUAGUGGUUUCUUUACAGAAAUGAGUAUGAUGUCCAGCACAAUAGUUAAAGUAGUAAAAGCAUAUUUUUCUUUAGAAUUAUAAUGAGGUAUGCUCUCCACCAUACUGAUUUGCUUAUUAGAUAGAUUUUUUAAUAUCUGGAUUUUACUUACUGAUUUUAUAGUAUUUCUUUAAUUGUGAAGUAAAAUUCCUCUUGGAUUCAUUAAUUGUUUUCCUUGUAUUCCUCUGUGAUGACCAUACUCAUUUGCUGGUAAGACUCAAGUACCUAGGAUUUCCUUGGUCCAUAAUACCUAAUACUGGAAUGAGUAAAAGGACUCUAAAAUAAAGGCAGUCAUUUAUUAAUGAUGAUUAUAUAUUAGUUGUCUGAUGUUAACCUUAAAUUCCUAGAUAUAUUUAACUUGGACAUUAAGGAUCAUUUUUGUUUUGUGUGAUUGCUGGGGAUCAAACAAUCCCAGGAGUAUGCAAGCACUCUACCAGUGAGCUACAGUUUUGAACCAGAUGGAUUAUUCUUACUAUUUAGUGAUCGUUAUUUUUGCUCACACAAAGGUUUUCAUAGAUGUUCUUAAGUAACAUUGGCAUAUAAGUUUUUCUUAUGCAAGAAGAAAUGGAGUAUGGGAUAGGUGGAGUGCCUGUGUAGCAGUGUACAAGAUCCUGGUUUCAAUCCUCAGUACCAUCAAAACAAAAUUUUAAAAUAGAUUGACUGGUUUUUAGCUGUAGAUUAGAACAGUAUCAUAUACUACAGUGAAGUGUAUUCCUUACUAAAUUCUUAACCUGUUCAGUUAUCCUGACCUAGAAUAAUUGAUGUUUGGGUACCUGCUUUCUAUCAUCUUAAACUGUUUGGUAUCUUUUAUGUUUCUAGGAUAACUAAUAUUUACAAUGUCAUUAAAAUUCUUUUUGAGUAUAUUUUUCUAGGGAUGCUUUCAUUUUCGCAUAUGAAACAAAAUUUAUUUUUUUCUUAUAUUCCUAAUAUUUCCUGGUUGUAUAAUAAGUUUACUUUGGGCCUGUCUUCCAUUCGGCAUUUAUUUCUCCUUGUAUUUAUAUUGAGUUAAUCUGGAAUGUAACCUGUAUUGUUUUGGAGAGUAUCUAUCUCAAGCAGAGUGUGUUGCCACACUGUGAUCUUAGGAAUUCGAGGCUAAGGGAGGAGGGUCACAGAUUAAAGGAUAGCCUGAGACUGGGCUACUUUGUGAGAGACUGUCUUACAAAAACAAAAACCAAAAUAAAAUAAAACAGAAAAACACACCCAAAGGUGGAAUUGGGGGCCUGGUAAAUGAUUUGGGAGGGAAAAACUGUCUU